AUGGCCGUCGUCGAGCUUCUCGAUAGCGACAGCGACUAUGGCUACGACUUUACCUCUGAGGAGGAACUCCAGCUGAUUCAACUCGCCGCCGACGCCACGCCCAACUCGUCCGCUCACGCACCCCCCGCCUUGCGCAGAGACCCAAGCGUGCGCGCUGCGAUAGACGCGAUUCCAGAGUACGCCGAAGGCACCCCUCACCAUGGCGGCCCUGAGAUCUCUCAGUGCACAUGCUCGCAUCUCUGCAGCGUGCAUCAACAGACCUCUGAGAGCCGAUUGGCCCCUCCGGCGCCUGUUACACCACCGGUCGAUGCGGAUGUCAGCUACCCCGAUCUGAGCCGUGCCCUAUCUGAGUUGCACGAUGGCGAGGCUCCUGCUCAGGUGUCCACCGACGUCGACUCCGACGUCAUUGAAGACGAACGCUCCCCGCUUCAGCGCUUCCGCUCGUAUCCUCGCAAGCCCCUCACCGUCAGCGACCUCACUUCGGGUGCCUGGUGCGAACUGCAGUACUGGUACACGCUAACCCGCCUUCCUGGAGGGCGGCGCACUCGAACCGCCGCCAUGCGGCAAGGCUCCAAGGUCCACCAGAAGCUUGAAGAUGAGGUCCAUACCACAGUGCCAAUUGAGAUUGCGAGCAAGGAGGACGCAUUUGCCCUUCGAUUAUGGAACCUGGUCCAGGGGCUGAGAACGCUGCGACAGACUGGCUUGACGCGCGAGCUCGAGGUCUGGGGAACCGUCGAUGGCAACCUGGUCAAUGGCGUCAUCGACGGAGUCAGCCACGAGAAUCCAAACCCUGACUUUGAAGAAGAGCUAUCCAGCCAGGAGUCACAGUUCGACUUGAAGCAAUCGGCCUUGACAGACUACUUUCCACCAAAAAAGAAGACUGCCUCACCCAAGGUAUACCUCACCGAUGUGAAGACGCGCGGGAGUCGGGCCCCGGUGUCCAAGUCUUUGCUACGCCCCGCCAAGAUCCAGUUGCUCCUCUAUCACCGUUUCCUAUCCGACAUGGCGUCUGAGAAACUUGACUUUUUCAAGGUUUUUCGGCGCUACGGUCUGGACCCGGACGAUCGCUUCACCGACGCCUUCCUUGCACAGAUUGGAGACCUUCACGACGAGGUUUUUUACGACGCGCCGUUGAGCCCGGCCGACGUUGAAGAUAGUCUCUACAGCGCCGCCGCCUCCAAAAAUGAUAAUGCGACCAACCACCGAGCCGCAGGGCCAGGUGCGAUACUAGGCGACGACUUGAUUCGCUAUCAAACCCUUCGCGAGAUGGUUCCCCUCGUCCGGCGAGAGAUCAGGCUUGCCUUCCCAGAAGGUGCCGACUCACUCGGCCACAUGCUCCGGGUACAGUACAUGCUCCGUUCCGACGGGCGGGUGCUUGAUGUACACGACUUCCCCGUCUCCGCGCAAGCCCUCGACACGUACCUGAGUCAGUACAUGGCGUGGUGGCGCGGCGAGCGGCGCGCCCGCGGCGUGGAUAUUGAGGAGGCGUUCAAGUGCGGCACGUGCGAGUUCGCUGCCGACUGCGAGUGGCGGAGUGCCAUGGAUGAAGAGCGCGUGCGCAACGCGCGCAGGAGAGUUAAAGGCGCUGCGGCGCAGGGCUCGUGA